UGAUCAGCGCAUGCGUAAACAAGACAUUGCAAAUGGCGGCGAAUGUUAUUGUUUAAUGGAGUCUGUAAUAUUUCACAAUCAUGUUUGGAUUUACCUUAAUAACAGGUAAGCUACGCCGAUAUGACGGUGUGUGAAAGGAAGUUUAGUCAUCCAGGAACAGAUUGCAGUGCAAAUGAUCGCUUACAAGUGAAUAUCGAGUCUGAAAACCUAUUUUCACAAAAUGGUGUAUAAUGGUGCCAGUGACGUUCGCUUGGCCGUAGUUAAGACACAAGUUCUUGGUGUUGCGGUGGAUAUAUUUUGAUAACGCUGUGUCUAGCCAGUGAAAGGAACUCAUCGCUGUGACUGUGGAAGUAAGCAAAGUGAGAAAUGUGACGGUGAAAGAGAGUAAAGUUGGAUCGCAAGUAAAAAAAAAGUACCAGAGCUUGGGACUAUUUCACUCGCCAAGCUAUCAUCGCCAUCGGGAUAUAAUAUAUACGCAAUAUUUAACCUUAACCUGGACUCGCCUACUCCGCCAAUGACAUGGAUGGGGGCGGUGACGGGGGUGGCAGGUGCGGUGUUGGUGGGAGGUGUGAGUUGAUUGAAACUGUACUCACAUGUGAGGGUAAUAUUAAUGACCCAGAACUCCCGAAGAAGCUCACCCACCUGGUAAAUGUCCUCAAACACGUCACCCGCAGCGAUUGUACCUGGUUUGUUCAGAAAGUUGAGCCAUGGAACAGUGUUAGAGUGACCUUUUCCAUCCCCCGUGAAGCUGCUGUUCGUUUACACCAGUUGGCUCAGGCAGGGGACCAAGCAUUACGUCAAUUAGGCAUUCUUUCUGUUCAAGUAGAAGGAGAUCAGGUCAUCUCCCUGAAAUUAGCUGGAGCUAACAAUGAACCAACUGAGAUUGUGUUGCGUACUGAGGGUGCUCCCAGUGAUGGGGCUGGACCAUCUAGUGUUGCAAGGUCUGUCACACUUGCACUGGGAAGUGCUGGGCUCAUGCCAGGACCUGGAGCAGCUCCCCCACCCACUGAAGCUUCAGGUGGUAACCAGCAUUUCCGCUGUCCGAAUGUGGUUGCUCCAGCUGGGGAUGGUAUUCCUAUGACCCCACGCCCCGUAACUCAAGUAAGAGCGCCUUACCCGUACGCCAGUAUGAACAAUGCGCCCAAAGCGCUUCCAGGACGAGAGUUGCAGCAGCCAGUAGGACCAACAAUGGCUGGUCAUGCCAAUGUCCCAUCUACUCCCAGACCCAUAUACAACCCCCCUCCUCCCUAUCCAAGCCUUGAUCCAUCUAGAUUGCGUGCACCUGGACCGCCUGCACCAAGACCUGCAGUACCACAGAUCAAUGGUCCUCAGUUUCUUGUGUCUCAGCCAAGCGCCAUAGCUCAGCCUGGCCCACCUGUGUUGCCUUCUGCUGUCCAGGCCAGUCCAAACCCACAAGGAGCAGUAAAUUACCCUGUUGCAGCUUCACAAGGAAUAAGUAGCCGACCAACACCAACGCAGGCUGUAAAAGUGGCACAGAGGACUGGUGGAAAUGUUUUGAAUAGUCCAUUGUUGGUUGAUCUUCUUCGACAGCCUGAACAUCAACCUGUUGUUGGAGUAAAUAAAGCAAAGGUAGUGCUCGGAGGUUCUCCUCACGGGUCUCCUGCACCUGCAUCUCCUUCAUCACGUUCCACUACAUCCACACCUUCAUCUGACUCCCUACCACACACACCUAUUUCUAAUUUACCUCUACCUGCAGUGCCUGCAUUAUCUCCACCUCCUGCUAAUUCAGCUAAUUUCAAUGCAUCUGUAACAGUAGCCAGUUUACCUGGUUCAUCUUCACAGUUCAGUACUAAUUAUUCAGUUAGAGCAAAAGAUGGUGUACAUACACACCAACAAGUGUACUCUGGUGGAUCUGUCAUCACGAGUACUGUAACUCCACAUCCAAGAUUACCCAGUAACCCAGGUGGUGGCUUACAGCAACAUCCGCAGGCAACUGGUCAGCCGCCUCCUGGUCAGAGGCCACCUUAUAGCACUGAUCAGCGUAGAGUGGUCUUGAGUAGCAGUACCUCUGGUAUUCAUUCCAGAGUCCCAUUGCAAACUUCUACUCGCCCAAGCACUGUUGGUGAUUCAAGGGUUGUACCUCCAUCACCGCCACAGUUUGGAUCAGGGGGGAAGGAAAGUCAGUAUUUGAUUAACCCCAACACUGGCCUUUUGGAACCAAGGCCAAGUGAGAGUUCUGAUUCUGAACCAGAAGCAAGACCCCCGUCAGUAAAUGAAGAAUUAAAUUCCAAUUCUCUUGUAUCGGAUGAAGAGUCCAACCUUAGUACUGCUUCAAAGAAAGACCAUGACCAGUCUGACUCUGAAACAUCAAGAGUAUCAUUACAUAGUCUAGAAUCAAGGAGAUCAUUGUUAGGACAGGAUAAAUCUAAGUACCGGGAUAAGGAUUCAAGCCCAGGUUCAUCAAGGGAGAAUAGUGUGGUUACCUCAGGCAGUACGGGGGAAUCUAUUAAACUUAAGCUAAAGCUUAGUAAGGCCUCAAUUGCUCAAACAACUUUUGUACCAAAUGCUAAAAAAGGUGAUAGGAAAGAAAGAUUAUCGUGUUCAUUAUCAGGCUCUCAAUUGGGAAACGAGCCACGCGUUCCAAAACUUCACAUAAAAUUAAAUUCUGAACAUCAAGAAGCAAGGAUUGUUAAUCCAAUUGAGGAUGGGGAUGCCCAAAGAAAUCCGGAGAAAGACUUAUCAAAGGAGAGUAAAAGUAAGCGGCGAAGCUAUAGAAACAAGCCUCGUAGUAGUGAGUCAGACAGUGACACCGGCAAAGCUCGUGGUGUGAAACUCAAGUGUAAAGAGAGAGGUGGAGAGGAUAGUGCCACAAUCUUGAAAAUUUUAGAUGGGAAGAAGAAAGGAGAUUUGGAUAUAGAUGAAAAUCCAUUAAAAGUUAAGCUAAAAGAAGGUUUAGAGGGCAGAUUAAAGUCUGCACGUACACUGGAAGAAGGUCGACUUUCAGCAAAUAAGUCUGAGAAUUCUAAAUUAACAAAGUUGGAGAGCAAGUUCAGAACGCGACCAAAAACCAAAACGCCGAUCCGUAAAGUUGGUGACCUAAAUAGUAUGGGUGAAAUAGCUAGUCACAAAAUUUUGGAAACCCUACCGCCUAGUAUCACCAAAGUUGCAGCUUUGCAUACGCAACAGCCACACAUAAAUCCAUCCUCUUCCUCAAGUCAGUUGCAAGCCAACUCUUCGGCUACUUGUCCUGUUUCAUCUAGCAUUUCUGCCUCACAGUCUGCUGGAGAUUUAUUCAAAACUGAACUGGAAAAGAGAGGAAGUGAGAUAGUUAGAAAAAAUGAUGAGAAAACAGAAAAUAUUGUAGGAAGACUGCGUUUUAACAAUCUGUCAACAUUGAUGAAUGGAGAUUUGAGUCAUAGUGGCAAGCUUGUUUUAGGGCGUGUAAGACAGAAGAAUCAAGGGACAGGCCAGCAACAGCAGCAGCAACCUCAGCAACAAGGAAUUGAUGCCCCAAGUAGCAGCAAAUUGACAAUCAAGAGAAAAGGCUCUGGGGAAAUGCACACCCUUGAGUCACUUAAGAAGGAUCUUCCUGAAGGUCUUGGCAGUAUCCCAACGUACCUGAAUUCUUCGGUGAUGAUCAAUAAGGUCUCUCAUUCUCCGGAAAAAUUAUCUGCCCUCCGACAGGAAGAUUCUACUGACAAAGGUGUUAGAAAAGUAGACAUUCACAAGCAUACUGUGUGUACAGAUUUGGCAAGCUUAAAAGCAAACUCAGAUAUUACUAUUCACAGUGUGACAAAGAAUGAAACUCUUAGUUUAGGUAAAACUAGUGAUGGUGAUAGUAGAAGUUCUUGUAAAUCUAAAAGUGAAGUUACGAAGAUAGGGAGAGUGACUCAUUUAGAUGUGAAUGAUAGAAAAGCUUUGCAAGAGGCACUGAAAAGCUCACAGAGCUCAACGAAAAGGAAUGAUACUCAUUCAAGUAGCAUGCAUGACCUUUUGAGACGUUUUAACAGUUCAACUACAGUGCCUGUCUCUUCUCAGUCUGAGAGUACAAACAGCACCUCUGGUGUCAAGGUGGGACCCAAAGCCACUGACACAUCAGAAAAGGUGAAACAAGAGGUUAAGUGUGAAGAGAAAAGUGAGAGCAAAGAGUCGCACACAACAAAUGUUAUUUCAAGCAGCUGUGAUACUAGUGUUAAACAGGAACCAGAACAGACUAAUACUAAUAAUAAAAGUUUGGAGCAAGUUAAGGCCCCAGAUUUUCCAGGAAAUGUCGUUUUAACCAAAAGUGAAGUUGAGAGUCCUGAUGGCACUCCUAAAGGGGAGCAUGGGAGUGGGCAAGGGGGAGAAGACUCUGGUAUUGAAUCUAUGGAUGCCCUGUCUGAGAAAAGUCCAAAUCAGAGUGAUCAGAGCCCAAGUAGAAGGGAUGAGAAGGAAUGUGAGCCAUUUUCUGAGAAGAACAGUGAUAGAGCAGUAGGAGCUAAGGGUGAGACAAAGUCCAGUGCUACUACUAACUCAAGUGGAAGUGUUACUCGAGAACCAAAAGUAAGCUUGAAAGUCGAGGUAAAAUUGGAAAAUAUAGAUGAGAAAGAUGGUGUCAGGAGAGGUUCUGGUGAUAAAGGUAGCAAUUCUAAAUGUUCCUCACUCACCAGUGAAUCUCACGGUGAAAUGGACACCAAAGGAUCUGCUAGUAGAGAAGCAGUUGCCGACUCAAAGCUGUUGCCAUCACCUGAAUCCAGUGAACAACUCCCCAUAAAAAUAGAAACCAGUUAUGCAUCUGACACAGUGUUGCCAGGUGUUUCAGAAGUUAAAAGUGAUUCAGGUGUAAAAAGCGAGGCCAUCGUGAAAAAUGAACCCAUGGUAAAAAGUGAACUUGUGAAAAGUGAACUGGUGGUGAAAACAGAGUUAGUUGACUAUGUGCCCCUGAGCACAGCAUCUCCAGUGCCCAAAGUCUCUGAGACUGUUGUGACUUCAUUUUCUACUCCCCAUUCUUGUUCAACAUCCACUCCUACCACUUCCAUUUCAGUAUCAGAAUCAACCCUAAUACCUACAGACACUUGUACGUCAUCAUCAUCGUCUGUAUCUCUGCAUGCAUCUGCAUGCUCAAGUACAUUGUCAUUAUCAUCGCAACAAAGCACAGCCUCUCUUAGGCUAACCCCAUCAUCAGUAGGUUUAUCAUCAGUUUUUCCUUCUUAUGGUACUGUAAAUUCAUCCACUGUAACCUCUCACAGUUACACCAGCACUAACACCAACCUAAAAACUGUCAGUGGUUCCACUUCGCCUACACCAAGUGUGAUAGUCCCCACCCUAAAUGUUUCAUCUUCAUCUCCAGCAUCUCCUGCAUCAACUAGUCAUAUUUCGUCCUGUAGUCAUGAUACUCAUAGUUACAUUUCAGCAAGCACUGCACAUACCCCAGGUACUUUAACUUGUGCCACCACUCACACCACGCAUAUGCGAUCACUCUCUCCUGUCACAACAUUUCCAAGUGUGCCUGAUGGUCCAAAGAUUACCACAACAGUUUCUGCUGUCCUGUCCAAACCAUCUCUUCUGGCGCUCACGUUAACAAGACCACAGAACAGCAGUGCUCCGUCACAAUGCUCAGCCUCAUUAACUGAAACUUCAGUUGAUAAAAUGGCAGGCUUUCCAACUCCCUCAGAUUUCAGUAGCAGUUUCUCAUCCUCUGCUGUGUGCUGUCACCAAGCAACUCUAACCAGCACAAGUGUGACAACAUCAAGCACAAGUCCGAAGGUGGUUACUCUGAAGCCCAGCACAAGCCAGGGGCAAGUUAAUACCUCCCUUAAUCUUCCUCCAGGGACAACUUUUCGGUUAGUGGCCCUACCAGGUAGCAGUGCCAUGGCUUCCACCACCAGUCCCAUGAAGGUAGUUGUGUCUCCAGUGAAAAGCCAGAUCAGUCAACAGGUGACUUCAGGAAUUGGAGGCAUGACAGUGGUGACAGUGAAGCCGGUUGCUAUGGCAACAGGUGGGGCCAAGAACAGCCACCUUUUACAGACACUCUCAGUAAGUAAGACUGAGGAAUCUAGUCCUCCUUCUCUCCUCAAGGCUCACUUAACUGCUCCAACUCUCACCACAGCAGCUCAGGCCAUGGCUACCUCUGUUACUAACUCUGCAUCUACACCCAUUGUCUCCAGCACAAUGGCAAAUGGUGAUGAUACGGAAGACCUUGACUUUGUUGGUUUUUCUAGCACACCUCAGGUAAAGUUGUUGCAACCAAGUGAGUUGAAACGUGAAAUCUUGAAGCCUGAGGACUUGAAUGACAGACCAGAAAGUUGUAAAAGUCCAGAAGUACUUUCACCUACUGGAGAAGAACCCACACCUAUGAGAGUACAUCCUCCUCUAUAUACUUAUGGAAACAGAGAAAGGAAAAAAGAUGUUGAGUCUGAUGCUGAAGAGAAAGAUAAAGAUGAAGUGAAAACUGUAUCAGAAUGUGAAGGAGUUGCAGAGGUUAAAUGCGAUAUUGCAGACUUUGAAAAAGAGAAAGAUGAGUUAGGUAGUUUGAAAACUAAAGCCAAAGAUAAAAAGUUUGAUGCUUUGUCCAUAGAAAUACCCCCAGCAGAUACAACUUUGCCAGAUGACAAAAGACUAACUCGAAGCACUAGGCACAGUGCAAGACUAGCGAGUCCCAAGGUAAGCAGUCCCGGCGCUGAACUUAGUCCAAAGGUAGAUAGAAAAAGUCCUGCAUGUAUGUUAACCAUGGGAAAGCCAAGUCCGGUACCUGUCUUGCGACCUAGUGUCAGUCCAGCCACCAGAGGGACCAAGAGACGCAGACACGAAUCUGAAAGUAGUAAUGCCUCCAGUGUGAAUGAGGACACUGCACUUGAGUUGUCAACAAAAUCAACUCGAAGAAAACCAUUUGAAAAAGCUGUGGGUGAAAAGGAGGAAUGCCCAAAGGGAAAAUCAACAAGACCUCGGGAAGGAGAUGCUGAGUCCAAACUUAUUAAAGAUGACGACGAAAGCUCAGAGGAUGAGUCUCUUGAAGGAGGAAGUGUAAAGAAACGGAAUCCUUCAGCUGCAUCAACAUCAACCAAUGAAGAUGAUGAUGAUUCAAGGCCAUCCUCUCGAAGUAGUCGAGCGUCAUGUAAAACAUCAGCUCGAAGUCGAGAAAGGCAGAGUUCAGCUGAAUCUACUGGUACGACAAGGGAUGCCACCCCUACAAGAAGAACUCCUAGACAAAAUAAUCGUGUUACGAACAAAGAGAAAUCCCCAGAACCAAGCAAAGAUAACAACAAUAAGGGUCAGACAGGACAGGUAGUGAAGCCCCAGACUAGUAGAAGUGAAGUUAAGGAUAGGGUGGUGAAAGAUACAAAAGAAAAAGUAGAAGAAAAGAAGGAUAUUUCUAAAGAGGGUAAAGAUACUCAGUUAAAAGAUAAGAGAACUAUAAGUGUUAAUAAAGAGGUUAAACCAAUUGUCAAGGACAAAAGUCCAGAAUUGAAGGACAAAGACAGAAGUCCAGUACAAGGCACAAAAACUAGAAAAGACAGUGAUCAGUCAGAACAGGAUGCCAGUAAUCGGAGGAAAACAAGAAGUACUGCAACAGCAAAUGAAGACACACCUAACAAGAGAAGGAGAUUAUCAAAGGAUAAGUAGGAAUUAUUACUUGCUGAAGUGGUAUAAUAUCUGAUGCUCCAGAAAUAGUUUCAUCCUUCAGCAAGUGUCAUUUGGGAGCAGUGAAUUGUUUUUCAAGGAGCUGACAGCAGUGUAUUCAGUAUUAAUAUUUGUGCAAUAAUUCUCUUUUUUUUCUAUUUUGUUUUUGCUGUCUGUUUCCUGUUCCUAUACUAUUCAGGCAGUUUUGAAUUAUCUCUUAACUGCCCUUGGUUUUUCUCUUUGUUAAUUUUCUUCUUUGGUGACCAUUUUUAUUGAUAAGUCCUGUAAAGUAACACUGCUGUGUUCCAGGACUGGGAAUUGUGUGACAUUAUUUGCUUGGUCGAGCUGUCGUAGAAUUACAUUUCCUAGAUGUUUAGUUCAGUGGUUAAACUGACGAUCUCAGCCUUUGGCAACCCAAGAACACUUUGUUUUUAACCUAUUUGAAUUUUUAGAAUAUUUGUUAAGUUCAUUUUAUGUUUUAUAUUUUACUGCUGUUAAAGAUAUUAAUAGGAACUAUCCCACAAAAAAAUACAAAAAAAAGAAUAAAAGAUUAAAAGUUAAAAAAAAAUAAAAAUAAAAAUAAAAAAGUGUCACCCGUGACCUAUUACAAGACAAGAAGAGUGUACAUUUGUGAUUUUAUAGGGUGAUGAUCCCCCAGUGAGUCUUAAGUCUCCUGGUAGCAAUGUCAGGGACAGAGGAUGGUGUUUCAGCAGCUCUGCUAAUUUGUGGUGGCCAGUGGAAUUGGGUUGACCGAAAUUCUGUCUUACGUAUGGUUAAUUUGACACCCGCAUUAUGGGGCUGCUGUGUCCACCUCUAUUGUACAUGUAGAUUGUAAAUAUCAAAUGGUGAAUGUUUUUAAAUGUACAAAGUACAGCAAAAGUUAUUUUCUGUGUAUUUCUGUAUAGAAGACUGCAGGUAGAUGCAGGUCAUGUAAAUUAUAAGCUUUAAGUGUAGAAGAGCCUGUGGAGGCAACUGCGGCUGUAUUUAUUGUAAAUAUUGUAAUCUGUUGUAUAGACUACCACUUCUGCAAGCAACCUUGUUAUUAAUGAUGUUUGUGUUUCCACGUCCUAAUACCCGAUGCCAUUUCUGAAAACACUUUGCACUCCUUUCUGACUUUAUCUAAUUUGCCAGUUUUUCUAACUUGUUCAUACUUUACAAAAAGGAAGUUAAUUUUAGCAGACCUGCUUCUCUAAGAGUCAUCUUUUAAGUAAAAUAAAUUGUAAAAGGAGUAAGAUGGCAACUAAGGAUUUUGAUCUUAAUAGAAUUUUAUUCCUUUUUGUUGGGAAUGAACAAUUUUAAAUAUUUAUAUCUACUACCCUAUCUAUUUUUUUAGCUUAAUGGCAUGGAAAUUAUUCUUUAAUGGCCCAUUGAUUCUAUUGUAAUGUAAGAUUUCAUAUUUUACAUUGUUAUGAAUAACAGUUUUAAUUAUAUACAAUUGACUUUG